AUGGGUGAGGCCAUUACGGGCACCUUCGGUCCCAAUACCAUCAAAGGUACUGGCAUUGCCUUGAUUGUACUCACCUCGCUGGUCGUAGGCACCCGUUUUGUUGGUUCUAUUCGAAGUUUCAAGGAUCUCAAGGCUGAAGACUACCUUUUGAUUGUCGCUUACAUAUUCUUCUUGGAACUGAGCAUUCUCUACAUUUAUAUUUCCCCAGUCAUUUUCCGGAUAGCAGCAGUCGGUGCUGGAACGAUUCCCCCUUAUGCCGCCAUUUCGGAGGAAGGACUCCGAUUGCAAACUGUCUUCUUCGUUACAACAUCUUCAUUAUGGCUCUGCUUGUGGAUGAUCAAGUUCUCGCUCUUGGCCAUGUAUAAACGGUUGUUGGUUGGGAAAAAAUACCUCAUCGCCUGGUGGGUUAUUAUGGGGUUUUGCGUUCUGUUUAUUAUUGGCUGCAUUCUCUCAUCGUGGUUAUCAUGCUCAAGCUUCCAUGCCUGGUUUACUUCAGGCCAAUGCAACACCCCACGCGACCAUCGGGCGGCUGUCAUCAGCUUAUACUACGCAUACGGGGUGGACAUAGUUACUGAUCUAGCAAUCAUGAUCCUCCCUAUCCGCCUUAUCUGGAACCUGCAGAUGCAAACCCGACAAAAGCUGAGCAUUGGCGGGUUAUUCUGUUUUGGCUGGGUUUGCAUUAUUAUUUCCACCAUCCGUGUCGUUCAGCUAGGUGAGACUGAAAACGGAGUCCCCGCUCCAUCAUGGCUAGCGCUAUGGGGAACCAUCGAAGCAUCAAUUGCCGUCAUGAUUGGAUGCUGCCCCGGCCUCUACCGCGUCCUUAAAACCGCCAUUUCUCCCUCCAAGACAUCAUACCCGUAUGACUCGUACAACUUGCGGGGCCGUGCAGGCAGUGGUAUACCAUCACACCGCUCGGGUGCGUUUGGAGGACCGAAUAUUCCUUUGAACAGCUUUAGGGGGAAGGAGGAGUCAUAUCAGUCAGCGAGUGCAUACCGUUCUACCAGUCCGUCAAGCAGUCAGGAGAAAUUGGCGCAUCCGAGUGACAAGAGAAAUAUAAUGGUUAAUUAUGGAGUUGCCGUGACGGUAGAGGAUAGGCCAAGUGAUUAUGGCCAGGAGGCACGUUUCGUGUAA